GUGACAAAUCAGAAGUAUUGGAUGUGGAUAAUCCAGACCUGGACAAAUAUCCCCUCUUUUCCCAAGCCAGGAGAUAUGAAUGCCUUUUGGAAGCAGGAGAUGUACUUUUUAUUCCCGGUGAGAACACUAUUUGUACUUUAUUUCCCCCUCUAUCCCAGUUCAAUCGGUCUUAAAGGCAUUAAUACAAGUGUUAUUAUGUAAAGAACAUGCCAGUUAUGUUUUAUUUUUUGCAUAUACAGGGACACAGCAAGCUAAAUAAAGUAUUAACACAAGCUCCCGAGUGAUUGCUGGUGUGCAAACCAAUUAAGUCACAGAUUAAAAUAUACUUUGAUACUGAGUGACACACACCGCUCUGCACAGUGAAUCAAUCCCUCUGUAUAAAUACUAUAUCUGAAAAAGUGUGGUGUGUGUAUAUAUCUAUAAAAUAAAUGGUGCUUUCUUUGUCCCUUGUUUUGCAUACAGCAUUAUGGUUUCACAAUACUGUUGCUGAAGAAUUUGGAGUGGGAGUCAAUGUCUUUUGGAAACACCUACCUUCCGAGUGCUAUGAUAAGACAGACACUUAUGGAAACAAAGAUCCCACGGCCGCUUCUAGAGCAGUACAGAUCUUAGACCGGGCAUUGAAAACUUUGGAAGAGCUUCCAGAGGAAUACAAGGACUUCUAUGCAAGAAAAAUGGUUUUACGGAUACAAACCAAAGCCUACAGCA